AUGGCUUCCAAUACGCAUUCAACAAAUGGACAUGAAAUCGACAGCUCAAAACCUACUAUCUUACAUUUGGGUGAAGAUAUCCGGUGGAAUCACGAAUUAUACGAGGAAUUAAAGAGGGAGUUCAAUAUUGUGAGGACAUACUCAAUGAACAGAUCAGAGUUCAAGAAGGCCUUGGCGGAAAAGCAGUGGGGAGACUUUGUUGGGAUGUACCGGCCGUUCUGGAAUACAGGUGGAGAGAUGGGUAACUGGAAUGAAGAACUUAUUUCUCUUCUCCCCUCUUCCUGCAAAAUCUACGCUUCAGCUGGCGCAGGCUUCGAUUGGGUUGAUACUCGUGCCCUCGCUGCCCAUGGAACCAUAUACUGCAACAGUGCCUCUGCAUGCACCGAAUCUGUCGCUGACACGGCCAUCGUGCUUAUUCUAUCUUGCUACCGCGACAUCACCUGGUCUUUCCUUGCAGCAAGAUCUUGCGAUCCCCAGGAAUUCCGCAAUGCCAACCAGAAUAUUGCGGCUGUGACACACAAUCCGAAUGGCAGUACGCUUGGCAUUAUCGGACUCGGGCGAAUCGGUCUUCGAAUCGCGCAAAAGGCGACAAGGGCAUUCGAGAUGAAGAUUGCGUAUUAUGACGUUAUCAGGAUGGAGGAGAGAGAGAAAGAGGUGGGGGCUAGGUGGUGCGCUACACUGGGUGAACUUUUGUCUACUUCUGAUUGUGUGCUUGUGGCUACACCGUUUGAAGGUGAGACACUGCUUUCGACGGAGCAGUUUGGGAAGUUCAAAAAGGGCGCGAGUCUUGUCAAUAUUGCGAGGGGGAAGCUGAUUGACGAAAACGCGCUGGUUGAGGCCAUGGACAAGGGCAUUGUGGCUGCAGCGGGCUUGGAUGUUCACGCGGAUGAACCAAAUGUGAAUCCCAAGUUGGCCAAGAGAAGCAAUGUCAUGGUCUUGAGUCAUACGGCGGGCGCGAGUGUAGAAAGUCAUGUAGGGUUUGAGAGGUUGGGUAUGGAGAACUUGCUGGGUUGGAAGAGGGAGGGUCGUAGAGGAUGUGUCAGCGCAGUGAACUUGCAGUGGCUGAAGGAGUAGCCAAAGUCUUCUCAUAGUGGGGUAGAAGAAAUGCACAAGGUUAAGCU